AUGGCCCUCCUUGCCACCAUCCUCUUAGCCCAUUGUUCACCUUCGGGUGCCAGCUUGUCCGGCUGGGCGCAGCAGGUUGAGAACUUCACAUCCCAUGCGUGGAGUCAGAUCAUGGCCGAAGACGGAGCCAAGCCCACCGAAGCACAGCACACGGCAUAUGGCUGGAAUUGGGCUGCAGUUUGUUUGGGUAGCUUUCUGGUGCUUUGCCCUGCUUGCGGCUGUUUAUGUUGCACCUAUGCUGGCAUCCUGGAGGACGACUUCGGUGCUGGCAGCUGGCUUCAUGACUAUGAACCCCUUGUGUGCGAGGACAGCGAGGCUGGCGCCAAGCAGCAAAUCCAGGCGAAGGUUGCGAGGCGAGAAAUGAGAAUGAUGCUUCUUCUUCCCCUCCUUCCACUGUUGGCGCUGCCCUACACGACCUGCUCAGAGGGAUCUCCCUUGUGGCUCUAUGCCAUCUACGUCCCCUUCCUCCUCCGAAGUAAGUACGUCGAGCUUGAGCUGAUGCAGGCACUCCCUGCUGAGUUCCCAGACCAAGCAGAGUCGGCACUUCCCUGGGGCUUCUGGCUUUGGCUGGAUUUCCUGGUCUUUGGCCCGCUGGAACAUUUGGACUUCUUUACCGAUGGUGCCGCUCCCAUCCAGGCUUGGUACUGCGACGCAGACCUCAAUGUCUCAGAUCGCUUGGCAGCAGCCUGGGCUGAGAGUGGUGCCAGUUGGGUGGCGCCGUUGGUUCAACGUUUCCGUCUUUGGGGGCUCAUGGCCGCGGUCUUCGUCAUGGGGGCCACGGCCCAGCUUUCAAUUGGCACCUUGGAUGCGGAGUUUGCGUGCGACUCUGCCACCCUGCUGGGCUAUGCCAAGCUGCGAGACCGGUAUCAAAGGGAGAACUCAAUGAUCAGACGUGCUGUGGUGAGCAUCUCCAAGGUGUUCUUGGAGAACAUUCUCCAGCUAAUGUUGCAGACCAGUCUUUUAGCAUUGGUGUUUGAUUACCUGACACCGCCUGGUAGGGCCAAAGCGCUCUUCAGCAUUUCUUUAGGCCUUUUCAGUGCGGUGAAGAGCACCGCCAAUGGGACUCCGCGCCCGAACGCGUUUGCCGCGUGCCCGGAGCCGGAUUUGCUGGGGAGAGGUCGCACGGGCUCGGUCCGGGUCGACGGCUGUGGACCGUCGCGACGACGUCGCAGUGACGAUGCUCUGGGUGACACUGAGGACUUGGUGCUGGACGUGGGCUGCUCCGCCGACCCCGUGGACCGCGACGGCCGCUCGGCGCUCAGCUUCGCGGCGGAGGCCGGGCACUUCGCCAUGGUGAAGAUGCUCAUGGACGCCAAGGCCAGCAUUGACGAAGUGGACCGUUGGGGCCGAUCUCCCUUGUUCAUUGCCGCAGAAGCAGGUCACCGACAGGUCUUAUGGUGCUUGGUGGAUGCCGGCGCUGACAAGGAUCUCCGUGAUGCUCAAGGGAUGAGCCCCUUGUGCCGUGCGGCGGAGCGUGGGCAUUUUGAGGUGGUCCGUUUCCUGGUUGAUGUGGCGGCAGACGUGAACCAGGGGUCGAUGGGGCGUCAGCCGUUGCACUGGGCGAUGGAGAGGGGACACUUGCCACUGAUCCGCUUUCUGGUCCAGUCCAGCGCUGAAGUGCAGUCCGAAGAUGCCAAUGGGCAGAGCCCCUUGAGCCUCGCGGCGCAGCGAGGCCACUUGCAGGCGGUUUGCUUCUUGGUCGAUGCUGGAGCAAACAGGGAUAAGACCGACCGACAAGGCCGAAGCCCGUUAUGGUGGGCCGUCCAGCAUGGCCACUCCUCUGUGGCACGUUUCCUCAUCGACGUGGGUGCCAAGGUGGAUGUGCCAGACCUGCAAGGCGUCACCCCCCUCUCAUGCGCAGCGCAGUUGGCCGACACCGAAAUGAUGUACAUGCUGAAUGCCGACCUGCAGCUGGCGCUGGAACGCCUCAAAGAAGACCAAGGCGAUGUGGGCCUGGACGUGGCUCUCUGCAGCGCCGCCGUGAGCGCGUGCCGAAGCCCGGGCAGCUGGCCCCAAGCGCAUCAACUGCUGACGGAGACCCGCCAGCUGCGGGUUGUGCCGAACUGCGCCACCUACAGCGGCGCCAUCGCCUCGUCUGCGCGGUCUGCGCGUGGCGAGUUGAACCGGUGCGAUGCCUGGGCAGCUGGUCUAGGCAUGUUGCGGGCGGCCUUCGGUGCAGCCUUGCGGGUGAACAGCAUUUGCUUCGGCUCAGCGAUCAAUGGCGCACCGUGGCCAUCGGGUUUCCAGCUCUUGUCUGUUCUGCAGCAGUGCGGCCUUCAAGGCGGUGCUGUCACGGGCAACGCUGCGGUCAGCGCUGGCACACGAGGCCUUUGCUGGCAGCAAGGGUUGGACCUGGCAGAAAGCAUGAUCCACAGGCGCCUCUGCAGCGAGAUCACCUUCAAUGCGGCCAUCUCGGCCAUCGCCGCAGGCGCCCACCCGAUCGGCGGAUGGGAUCGUCGGUGGUUUUGGGUGAGUAUUCCAUGGCCCUUUCAUGUCCUUUCAGUGAUGGAUGAUGUUCUUCGAUGA